UGACGUCAUCAGUGCGGCACCGGGAUGCUUACAAAAGGGAGACUGCUCGGCUGGUUGGGCGAGUCCUACUGGAAACUUCCUUCGGGUUCGGUUUUGUAUUGAAGUGAUAAAAAGAUGUGAAUAUUAAUACAAGAUGAAAGAUCUUGGGAACACCCAAAAAGAUGGAGAGAUAGAUGGGGAAGAAAACUGUGACGAACAAAUACACAUGGACAGAAGCUUUUCUGUUGAAGAUUUGCUGGAUGAAGUUGAAAAGAUUGGCACUGUGUCCAGCAGUGAGGAAAAGGCAGAGAUUGUUGUGAAACUGUGGAAGAAUGGAUUUACUGUAAAUGAUGGAAGUCUUAGGAGUUAUAAUGAUACUGAAGACCAACAGUUCUUGGAGUCUAUAAAGAGAGGGGAACUGCCCCAUGAGCUGGAAAGAAGUUUCCCUGAAGAAGAGCUGGAAGUGAAAGUGAAAGACUACAAGGAGGAGCAAUAUAUCCCAGGAAAGAAAGAGUUUCAUCCUUUUACAGGCCGGGGAUACAGGCUAGGGAGUGCCACUCCGAAGGUUAUAACUAAAUCUCAGCCAUCAUGUGAGGUGACUGAAGAGUCUAUGGAUCCGGUUGUUACGAUUAGUGAUUUGCAGCCAGUUACCAAUAUCCAGAUAUGGAUGGCAGAUGGGAGAAGACUGGUACAAAAAUUUAAUUUAACUCACAGGAUCAGUGAUGUGCAGAGUUUCAUAGAAAAAUCUCAGGGACCUAGUCUUAAUGGACCUUUCAUCCUGACAACCUCCUUACCCUUUCGUGAGUUAAAUGAAGAGGAUCUUAGUCUUCAGGAGGCUGGGCUUCAAAAUGCAGUUAUUGUUCAGAGACUCUUAAAAGAUGAGUCUCCUUUCGGGCAUUCCUAAGGAAUUAUAAAGUAUAGCAUUCACUUCAUGUAUCUUUUGAAUAUGUGAGCCUUUAGAUUGGUUUGGGUUAUGUGAAGUCUUCCUCUCAAAAAGCAGCGUUUGUGUGUAUGUGUUUGUUUUUUUUAUUUUAUUUUUUUGUAAUUAUCACUUUUUUGUUAUUCUCCAAUAUAAAAGCCUCAGGUUAACUGAAACAGAAGCCUGUGAUGAUAAGAACUUUUUUGUUAAUGUUGAUCUUUGAAACUGCAAUAAAGAAUUUUUAUUCUUACA